CGGCUCGGCGUAGAUGUGGCAGCGCCGCUACGGCCGCGGCGGCGGCGCACCAGUGGACGGGACCGGUUGACAGACAGCUUCGCGUUCUUCCGUUACGGUGAUGUGUCGUCGUUCACCGCUGUGCAAUCGUGCCGUCGCGCCGUCGUGCCGUGUCAGCUCGCCGAUUAAUACGGAGUACGGUCGCGCGUCAGCGGCGACGACCGGCGUCCACGACGGGGACGACGACGGUGGCGCGUGUCGCGAUUAAUAAACGGGCAGUGUGUGGUGCUGUGGGGGCAGGGACGAUGAGGGCCGGGGGGAUAAUUCGGGUGACGACUUGAGGGCAGAAAUGUUGAAGUUCGGCAGCAAGAGUGACGUGACGGUGGUGCAUCGCGCCACUAUUCGACUGUUGGAUGACGCCGAAAUUAUCCACUGCGACUUUCAGCCACAGCACAAAGGGCGAUAUAUUCUCGAAUAUGUGUGCAAGCAACUCAACAUUUUGGAGAUGGACUACUUCGGUCUUCGCUACGUCGAUCAUUGCAGACAAAGGCAUUGGCUGGACCUAGCGAAAACAGCGAUAAAACAGGUGAAAGACAUGGACCCGAUUUUGUUUAGUUUCCGCGUGAAAUUCUACCCGCCCGAUCCUCUGCGGCUGAAGGAGGAGAUCACCAGGUAUCAGAUUUACCAGCAACUUAAGAGGGACCUUCUUCACGGGCGUUUAUACUGCAGUCCCGGCGAGGCAGCGCUGCUGGCGGCGUGCAUCGUGCAGAGCGAACUGGGGGAUUACGAUAUUGAGGUGCAUGAAGGGAAUUAUAUCUCUGAGCACAAGUUGCUGCUGAAGCAAACCGAGACGAUCGAGGAGAAAGCGAUGGAGCUACAUCAGACUCAGUUGAAAGGGUUCACGCCGGAACAGGCGGAAACCCACUUCCUUAGGUUAGCCUCGCAAUUGGACACGUACGCGGUCGAUCCACAUCCGGUCAAGGAUCACAAGGGUACGCAGCUCUAUCUGGGCAUUAACCACUGCGGGAUUCUGACGUUCCAAGGCUCACGGAAGACGCACCAUUUCCGCUGGUCGGAAGUUCAGAAGAUCAACUACGAGGGAAAGAUGUUUAUCGUGCAUUUGACGAUAAACGAGAAAAAGCACACUGUCGGGUUCAAAUGUCCCACGGGGUCGAAUUGUCGUCACGUGUGGAGAUGUGCCAUUGAGCAGAUGCUGUUUUUUACUUUGCCGAGAGCGUCGGACGCGCCGGUAGUGAGCGGCGGCUCUAUCUUCUCAUGGGGUACGAAGUUUAAGUAUACCGGAAGGACGGAGAGGGAGGUCCUGGAGGAGACAGGGCCGCUCCGGAAGGAAGAGCCGCUGAUACAACGCUGCCAGACGACGUGUCUGAGAAGGAAGGCUAGCAGUGUACCGGCCACUCCCAGCACGCCGAGCCAGGACCUCGUCGAGAUACGAUAUUCCAGCCUGCCGCGUAGCUGUCACAGCGCGGGCCUGGACGGCGCCGGGAUGCUGGAGGGCGGCUCGGGUGUUCCCCUCAGCUCCCCCUACUGUCCAGACAAUACCUUGCCCCUCCUGGAGACCGUAUCCGAGGACCAAGAGAUUCACGCCAGGAGAAACAAUGCCGUAGACGAAAAUGAUACGCAUGCGAGUGCCACCCACACGUCUACUACUACUACUACCACCACCACCACCACCACCAUCACCACCUCCAACACCACCACCACAAACCGCGCGAAAGCCAAACUGAAAUUCCCCAAGAGCACGCUGAACCGACCGCAACCGUUGUACAGUCAGAGAAUAGUGAUAGGCUCGGAGGAGCUGGCGGGCCGCGACAUCGAGCACGUCGUACGGCAGCGUAUUAACGCCCUGACGUCUAGCGAGCGGAGCCCGAAGGUGGUGCGCUCGACCGCUUUGAUAAUCAAGAGCUCGAAGGCGCCGGCGAACGCCAACGGACGCUUGGUCAGAGGCGCGGUGAAUUCGAUGCCGGCCUCCUGGCCGCGCUUGGAUCGCGACGUAUGCGAUGGUAAAACGCGCGUAGAGGUAAGCGAGCUCGGCGGAUGGACAACGACCACCACCACCACCGCCAACGGUUGCGCAAGCCUGGCUAUGGCAGGCUUGAACGGAUUCGAUCGUUCGAAACUACCGGGGCCACCAGUCGGUCAGCACGAGGGCGAGACGAACGACUACUACUUUAGGGACUCAUUCGACCACUCCUCGUCGGAGAGUCAGCUGCUGGACGCGUCCGGCGGCAAGCCGCACAGCCGCUCGGUCACGCCGGUACCGAAGAUGCAGAAGCUGCAGAACUCCAAGCUCUGCCUUCAGCAGCAGCAACAGCAACACCACCAUCUGGGUCGUCGCGCGAACGGCAAGCUCAGACACCAGAGUCUGCGCGUGGUCAGGCUUUUCAUACCGGCGUUCAUGCUGACGAUCACGGUGCUGUUCAUCGUGACGGUUUUGGUGUUCGAGACGGACACGACGCUGUUCAAUAGCCUGCGCAAAACGCCGGAAAUGGUGGCCUUAAGGAGCCAAUAUUACGUUCCGAUCAAGGAGUUCCUGCGGACCAAGCUCGGCCUAUUCUGAUGCGACAAGAUGACCGGGCCGAGGUCGUCCUACGUCGUCGCGUAGCGCUCUCUCCCUUCAGUGCCAAGUCGCGGACGGAUUCGUGACUGAGAGAUACGGCCCCAGUCGCGGCAAAAAGGAACGUGUGCGCGCCUUCCCCCCCCCCUCCCCACCCACCACCCGCUCUCACCCUAACUGACUAACCAACCAACCAGCCACCCAACCCACCCUCCGUUGCGCGCCGUCGCGCCGCAGCUUGGUCGCACGAGCGUGAGUGCUUCGGACGCGAGAGUCGAUCGAAAGAGAGAGAGAGAGAGAGAGUGUUGCUUGAAACUAGGGAUGACAGGCCGGCAGAGGAAGAGGAGAAAAAUGAGAGGAGUAGGAGAGAUCGGAGGAGGAUGAGUCAGUCCAAAUAGCCGCGGUAUCGUGCAACUUUCGGUGCGCGCACGAGAGAGAGCGCGUGCACUUGUGUAAAAAGGAAAGAGAGCUGUGUAAAGGUUGUAUUUAAUUGUACGAACGGAAUGUCUCUAUUUUAGGCGUUUCCCUAACUCGUUUGUCGUCCCGUUGUUGUGCGACUUUGCUUUUCUCAACCGCGCGUUCACUCGUCCUUUUCCUUCUUUUUCUCCGUCUUUUUUUCGUUCUCCGGACGGAAUAACAAUACUUCACACACGGCCGAUUUCACCGAGCUCCCCCGCAAUGCGACGACCAGUAACUUUGCGGCUUGGUACCGAAUUCGGUCGGUCUCCUCGAGAUGAAAUGACGAUUGAUUUGCGGGAAUAUUUUGCAAUAUAUAUAUAUAUAUAUACAUACAUAUACCAUGUAACGGUAACAUUAGUGCGACGUUGGUGGAAUGGCCUAUCGUGUUAACUAUGAAAACGGAUGAGAACUGGGAAUGCUCUUUCUCCGGACGGGGGACUUAUUCCCCGGUGGUAGCGCGAAACAACAGAAUACAAGCACGUGCGCUACACACACAAACACACACACACACACACACACACGCAAGGCUACACACGCGCGUGCCAGUAAUAAUAAAACAGAAUAAAAAGAAUAUUUUGACAUUGAAGAGACGUACGAGAGAGCAUACAGAAACGCGGAUGUGUAAUAUAUAUGUACGCGUAUAUAUGUAUAGAGAGACGAGCCCUCACUCUGACCGCGACUUAUUUCCCGACGGCGGACCUUAUCUCCGAGCGGUGCGGAGUGACGAACUCUCCGAGGGUCUGCUCCGUUUGGUGUGCCGAGAACAUCCUUCUUGAUUAUAAAGUUGAUUGCGCUGCAACCAACUUGAUACGUUUCGUAUGCUACGUUCGGUAACGGAUCAGCUGUAUCUGUUAAUUCGCAUCUAUUUUAUUCAGCCUAUUCAGACAGAUAUUUUAAUUUUCUGUUACAAUUAUUAGUUAUUUAAUAAUUUAUUGUUAUCUAUGGCUUAUGAAAAAAUAUUACCGCUGUUAUCCGUAUAAAUAACAUUUAUUAUUUCUUCAUCAUUUUCGGAGCUUUUGCUUGAACUUGAAAGUAAUUCGUCAAAUAUAAGUAAAUCUAUUUUUGUUUAAUUUUUUUUGAGUAAAAAUUAGUAAAGAUUCAUAAAAGAAAGAUAGAUAUAAAUCAUGCCAGCUGAUCCAUUACCAGAGUUACCAUUACUAAUAUUAUUCAUUUUAUAAUUAAAAAACAACUCGACACAUCUAACGGAAUCGGACACUCCGAAUCGAGCAGAGAGAGGCUCCGUCGCCGGUGAAGUCGCGCGCGGUCGAGCCGGGACACCCUGUGUCCACGCACACAGAUCGCUAAAACGAGGUGACACUAUUACUUAUAGGGACUUUAGGUUACUUUAAACGGUCAACGAAGAAGCAAUUGUUUCGUAGAUAAUCGUAGGCUAUAUACGUACGCGCUGCGGUAACGCGGACAGGCACAUUGCGUCGAACGGCAACGUAUCGAAUCUGCGAGACUUCUCGCGAUAAUCUAUUCGGUUCUCCGUUCUUACGGCCGCGACGGACGUCGCGCGGGCGGGCGUGGGUGCGCGACCGCGAAAACUGCGUAUUUUUAUAUAAAUAUAGACAUUAUCGUAGUGAAGAGAGAGAGAGAGAGAGAGAGAGAGAGAAAGGAGAACAAGACUAAAAUCAAAAUAUCUUUUGCCACGUUCGCAGAUACGGAAGAUUCUCGCCUCUGUUUCCUACUUUUUGUUUCCAUUCGCACGCGAGCACAUCUGUCGUCGCAUUCAACGGCCGCGCACCUACGCUCUCGCACGCGCCGCUCCGUUGGAGCGGUACACUUCGAUAGGCUAAAGUUCGCAUAUUGAACUUACGACGCUUCUGCUUCGUACUGUUUUAAUAUCAACCGGGAGCACCAAUUCGCCCAGCAGAUCCCGUCUUCUAGACUGAAUGCCCGCUUGAGGGUUUCGUUCUCGAAAGCAGCUAGUCACUGUAGCGAAAGUUUCUCCGCGAGGAAAACGCCUCAGGCAAUUACUCCGGAUUCUGCGCCUCACAGGAUCGUUGAUGUUGACAGCAGCUCUCGAGAGACGAGAAGGAAAGAGAGAGAGAGAGAGAGAGCCUCUGUUCUCGAGUGGACAUGCAGCCUCGCUGUCAUCCGUUUUUCCUUAAAGUGCCUACGCUGUCUCACACCCUCUUGUGUCACUGAAAAUUCGCUCGUUGUUCUUCACCUUUCCGUGUCCCUCCCUCUCUCCCUGAGCCGAGGAAAACUGAGAUGGCUUGAGAAGAAGAAGAAGUAGAAGAAGAAACUAAAAAGCGAAUUAACGGGAAUCUUCGGAUCGAGGUAUCGACAGCGCUCUCCUGUUUGCGAAUCAAUCGCGCGGAUCGCUCGUUCGCAUCGGGCUCUCUUCCCGAAAUCCGUUCUCCGAUCUCUGAAAGUUUUCUCCGUGGUAAACGAAGGGAACGAACGUCGCUCCGUCUCGAGUACAGACGGCUCUAAGAAAUUAGAGCGGUAACUGUGCGAAUCGACAAACGUGUCGUUGCCGUGCGACAAGGGAAAGCCGAGCACAGCGAAAUUAUGGCCGGUAUUCACAGUCAGGUUUUAUAUUUAAGAGAUCGUCUUAAGUUCACCUUCAGAUACUCGUACUUCGUAGCCAAUGGCUGCGUUCAGCAGAGGAAGCAGCUUUGUAACUGUUGUAAAAUUCGUGAAUCUGAUCGAUGUAUACUCUUAGACUCCGGCAAGAUUAAGAGACCAAUCAGACACGCCAAUCAGAAUUCUACAACAGCAGAAUUUUACAAAGCUGCUGAACGCAGCCAUUGUACUGAGCCGUACAGUGUUUGAAGUGAACUUAAGACGAUCUUAAAUAUAAGAUCCGACUAUGCGUACCGUCUUAUGUCGAAUCGACCGUAUCGAUGAUGACGUCACGUGACUGUUGCGCUAUCGGAAUGUGAAGAAGAGUGGUCAGCCGCGACAAAGAGCAAGUGGAUAGAGGCUUUUGCUUUUCGUGUUCAAAGUAGAAAUUGCAAUCGUCGUCGUCGUCACCAUUGAAACGCGGCUAUACGAGUUCCACAGAGAUGCGUCGCCGCGGGAUCGAGAUUCAACGACGCGGGAUGUGCUUUUAACGACGCUUUUAUUUUUCUACUGUCCGGUCUCGUCGGUCUCUCGUCGUCGGUUUCCGUCAGUUCACCUCGGGGCAGAGUCACGCGCUGCGAUCUUCGCCGGCUCGAACGAGGUGCCCCCACGGGAACAGGAGAACGCUGCGAGCGAUAAACUAAUUGUAUAAAUAAACGGAGGUCAAUUGCAAUAAGAUGUAAUUCUAGAUAUUAAUUUAAGAUACCCCGCUCGAUGAGCCAAUCGAUGUAAAAACCGAGAGAGGAAGUGAAUGAGGCCGAGGGUUCCGAAUUGGGAUGCGGGAGAGUUCGAGAUGCGCUUCUUCUCUCUUCACCCUGGAGCGGUCGCGUACCUAAAUUCAACGCGAGUGAUCGCACGGAUGACGAGUCUCCUCCAUUUCGUAUUGACAUUCCCAGUAAAAUAGUCAUUUUAAAAAGUAAUAAUAUUUAUUUAUAUGGAAAUAACGAUCGUAAAAAGUGUCUCGUUUAAAACAAAAUUCAGACCGUUUUCACUUCUUUCUCCCAAUUUAAGAACAAAAAGAAACAAAUUAUGAGAUCAUCGUUGUUUUGGAAAUGAUUUGUUCGAACGCUAAGAUACGAUGUAUAGAUAAUGUAUUUGUGUAUCUUCGGCGCGAUAUUUUGGUGAUCUUAUUAGGCUCCUUCCAACAAAGCACACAACGACUUCACUCUCCUAGAUGCGGUUUGUUGUCAAUUUGUCCGUAACGGACGAGUGCAAUCUCUAACUGACAAGUACACAAAGAUAGAUAGAAAGAAGCUUGUUAUUCUUCGGAAAAUACAUUUUACUACACAUGAACGACAUCUGUCAUCCGCGUGAUCGCUGUAGAAUUAAGGCUCGAUCUGAAUUAAUUGGAGUGAUUCCGCUGGAUUUCUGAAAGCACAAGCCUCGAGAAUGAAAUUAUCGUUCGGCGUAUAUAUGUGAAAAAAAGAGUCACUCUCUCGACACACACACACACACACACACACACACAAGCGGUGAAUCGUAUAUCAUAUGUUCAAUUGUUAGAAAUUAAUUCUCUCCGAGGGGGACUCUCGUCGGUAAAAUUCCGAAGAAAAAAGAAAACACGGCCGAUCCGUUCGACUUCUGAUUGUAGUCAUCACGCGUUUCCAUUAACGGAACGGUCGCUUUGGAGAGGUAAACCCAAGUCAAGUGGACGCUCGGUCUAAAAUGCGGCAAGUUCGAGCAGCGAGGGUAGAGAGAGAGAGUUGCCUGUAACUGGCUGGCGCGGCGACGGUACGCGAAUAAUGUCGAAUGUUUGAGCUCGUUGUCGAUUUAACAGCGGCGCACAGCUUCUCGAUACCGCGUGACACACUUCUCUCUCAGAAGUUUCCCGGUGAAAUUCAGUUACGAACUUCUAUGACGAUACGUUACUCGCGAUUGUACAUAAGGGGGACAUAAGGAGUUGCUCCGCGAUGUAUGGAAGUGUGUGAAUAUGAGAUGGUGGAACGCGAGAUAGAUCGAUCGAUCGAAGAAGNUAUAUAUAUAUAUAUAUAAACGAGGAACGUAUAUGUCAGAAACAAAGAAGAAAAAAAGAGGAAAAAGUUAUAUGUAACUCGAACGAGGGACGAUAUGCGUUUCCGAUAUGAUUCAGAUCUGUUAGUUUAUAAUCUAAUCAUUAAGCUGUAAAAUUCUCGACAUUUCUCCGAUAAACGCGAUCAGUGAUUUUACCCCGACGUUGAGCAUUAGCGUAGCCUGGUUCCACCGUACUUACUUUAUUUCGUUGCGCGGACACGUGGCUCUCGUGUAAAUGUAUAUCUAGCCUACCUACACACACACACACACACAGUGCGCGUGUGUACAUAUGUACACACGUGUAUACGUACAAAACAAACAGACACACUGCGUUAGGUUUAAUAGUCAAUUAUACGUUCUGAGGUUCUCGGGGGAUUAGUUCGUUAGAUAAUUUAUUUGAUAUAAUCCGAUGGAUAACUAAUUUAUUCACUGGUAGCUGUAUACCGCGCGUAUGCGAAUUUCAACCAACCGAUCAAACCAUCGUGCGGACGCGAUAAGCGGGGAUAAUUUAUCACACAGAGGGGCUAAAUACUACGUUGUGUACAAAUGUUGUGGCGGUGAGUGUCAAAGUGUAAAUGCAAUGUUAAUUAAAUGAAGAAGAAGAAGAAAAAGAAAGAAAAAAACGGCCGACGCGACGACGAGAAUGGAGCUCUGCGCUAAUCAAAACGAAAUAACGAUGAUAAUCUUUCUACAAUCUCCAUUCGUAUGUACACUUUUUGUACGCUUGCAAAUUGUAGCGAACAGUUGUAGUUCAUAUGAGGGGUGCGUUUUUCUUCUGGUCUGUUAAUCCUUGAAAUUUUGUAUCGCAUGCAUGAAUAAACAAAACAUUUCAUUGCAAACGAAA